AUGCCCUCAGCAGUUGCAGUCGCCACCAGGGCUCCCACGCCAGCCGCCAAUAAAUAUGUAGUCGUGGGACCGACCAACAAGAGGUACACCCCUGCUACUAAGAAGCUGCCAGAAUCGCUCGUGCUGUCCGCCCGAAAUGUUGAGAAACAGGAAUUUGAUCCGGCACGCCACCUUAACAUCAUCCCUCCGAAGAAGAUUUUGAGGAUGGCAGAUAUUGGAUUGGAGGGUGUUGGUAUCUCCGAUACUGCAGUUUCUGAGCCAUUCAGCCUCUGGACUGAAGAUGCCAUCAAGCAGAUGAGAGCAGAGAUAUUCAGCGAGGCGAUGCUCGAGAACUGCCAGGUUUCUUCCAGCUUCGCAUCAAACAUGGUUAGAGGUUAUAACGCAAAACUCGCUCCGUUUAUCCACAGGGCAUUCUACAGUCCAGAGCUUCUUGGAGCCGUGUCAGCUAUUGCUGGAAUUGACUUGGUUCCUGCAUUUGACUACGAGGUUGGCCAUUGCAACAUCUCGUUCAACGAGAAGAAACCCUCACAAGCCGAGCUCGAGAAGAUGGGUGAAGACGGAGACAAGACAUGA